AUGUAAAUCUCUGAAAAAGGAUUUUAUAGAAUCUUAAAUUCUUAUGAUUAAUAAGAUCCAAGAAAACAUAUAGACUGGACCACAGACUUUACACAUGAACUACCUAUUCGAGGUAUGGAUGACCCAAAACCUAUUACAAUCCCUGAAGCAUUCAAAUAAGAUUGCACUUAAUUCAUUAAUUUACCUGCUCUUUCUGUUAAACGUAAUAAGAUAUGGUAAACAAUGAGUUACGGAGAAUAUUACAGUGCAGUUCUUGAUUUUGCUUCAACAUUAAUUGAAUUAAACAUAACUAAAUUAAGCGCAGUAAAUAUUAUUGGUUUCAAUGCCCCUGAAUGGAAUAUUGCUUUUAUGGGUAGUAUACAUGCUCAUAAUCUUCCUGUUGGAAUCUAUACAACAAAUAAUCCAGAAGCAUGUCUUUAUGUAAGUGAACAUUCUGAAUGUGAAUUACUUGUAGCAGAUACUAGAGAAUAAUUAAAUAAGUAUCUUUCUAUUUGGGAUCGAUUACCUAAAUUGAAAGCUAUUGUACUCUAUAAUGAUAAUGUACAUCAUAUAAAAAAUAUUCCUCCUAAUAGGAAGGUCUAUAAUUGGGAUGAUUUUAUAUAAAUAGGAAAAAAAUCUAAAAAUCUUGAUUUGAUUAACUAAAGAACCAGCUAAUUGUAACCUGGAAAUUGUUGUACUUUAAUUUAUACUUCUGGAACAACAGGUAAUCCUAAAGGAGUCAUGCUUUCUCAUGACAAUUACAUGUUUAUUGUUGCAUAACAUCUUAAAAAAUAUAAAAUUGAUGAUGGAUAUAGAAUAGUAAGUUAUCUACCUUUAAGUCAUGUAGCAGCAUAAUUAGUAGAUUUAAUUGGCAUAUUUAGAUGGGGUGGUCACUUGUUUUUUGCAAAUCCAGAUGCAUUAUAGGGUUCUUUAAUAAAUACUCUAAAAGAAGUAAGACCAACAUUUUUUUUGGGUGUACCAAGAGUUUGGGAGAAAAUCUAUGAAGAGAUGCAAAAAGUAGCUAAAUCAAAUGGAAUAAUUAAGACAAUGAUAGCCAAUUGGGCUAAAUCUUUAGGUAAAAUUGGUACCUUUGCAUAAACUCAUGAUUAAGAUCCUCCUACUUGUUUUGGUUUAGCUGAAAAAAUAGUUUAUCUAUAGGUGAAAAAAGCAUUAGGAUUAGAUAAAGCAGCAUACUUACUUUUUGGUGCAGCUCCCUUAAGUCCUGAAAUAAGAGAAUAUUUCUUAUCAUUAAAUAUGUAAAAUUGAAUGGAUUACUUUAGGUAUCUGAUCAAUGCAUAUGGAAUGAGUGAAUGUGGAGGUGUUUAGACACUAUCUUUACCAGAGAAUUUCUCAUAAUUUGAUAGUUUCUUUAUGAGUAGUGCUGGUUCAGCUAUAGAAGGUACUGAAAUGAAAAUCUUUAAUCCUGAUAAAGAUGGAAAUGGAGAAAUCUGUUAUAAAGGGAGACAUAUAUUUAUGGGUUACUUUAAAGAUGAUGCAUCAACUAGAUAAACAAUAGAUGAAUCUGGAUUUCUCCAUUCAGGAGAUAUUGGAAAAAUAGAUUAGAAAGGAAAUCUAAUUAUUACUGGUAGAAUAAAAGAAUUGAUAAUUACUGCUGGAGGAGAGAAUGUAGCACCUAUACUUAUUGAAAAUGAGAUUAAGAAAAAUCUUGAAUUUGUCUCAAAUUGCAUGGUGAUUGGUGAUAAUCGAAAGUACUUAUCUGUACUACUAACUUUAAAGCAAGAUUUAUCAGGAAAAGGAAAAUUAACAGCAGAAGUUAUCUCUGAAUUUAAUGCUCAAGGUUCUUAGGCUACAACUGUUGAAGAAGCAAAAUUAGAUCCUCUUAUUAAAUAAUAUAUUUAAUCUUUGAUAGAUAAAACAAAUUAAUAAGUGAUUUCUAAAGCAUAAUAAAUUAGAAAGUGGAUAAUUAUUGAAGGAGAUUUUUCAAUUGAGACUGGAGAAUUAACUCCAACACUAAAAUUGAAAAGAAAAAUAGUUGAAAAAAAAUGGUAUGGAGAAAUUGAAAGAAUGUAUCUAGAUCCAAAAUUAUGAA